GGAAUCUCUUGAUAAGUCGAUUCUGUCAUCUUGCUUCCCCCUCUGCACUUUUAAAUACUGGUGGGUGGUUUUCGGCUAUCUUGCUCUUCGCAGAAAAACAAAAACAACACCAUGUCCUCUCAUUACUCCUCCAUCCAUCUCUUGUCUACGGUACCAAGCACACCAAGGUCUUCCUUUUCAACCUCUGAUAAUAUCCAUCCCCUUCCUUUCCCUGCAGGUGUUUGGUUGUAUGGGGCUAAAGACAAAAAAGAUAACAUUCAUACAAGGUGCAGUGCUAUAUCCAAGCCUCGCGCUCAAGAAUAUGCAGAUUUGUUUCAACAACAAAAUGGUCUGCCAUUGAUAAACUGGCCUCACGAUAUUGUGGAGGAUGACGCAGAAGAAGAUGCUGCUAAGGUCUCUGUAGCAAAGGAAAUAAGCAAGCGUGCCAAAACUAUUAAAGCAAUGCUGGAUAUGAUGGAGGAUGGAGAGAUAAGCAUCUCAGCAUAUGACACCGCAUGGGUUGCUCUUGUGGAAGAUAUUAAUGGGAGUGGCCUUCCCCAAUUCCCAUCUAGCCUUCAGUGGAUUGCCAACAAUCAGCUUCCAGAUGGUUCGUGGGGUGACGCGGGAAUAUUUUUGGCGCAUGAUAGGUUGAUUAAUACGCUAGCUUGCGUGGUAGCAUUGAAAUCUUGGAACUUACAUCGAGAUAAAUGCGAAAAAGGGAUGUUAUUUUUUAGAGACAACUUAUGCAAGCUUGAAGAUGAAAAUGCUGAGCACAUGCCUAUUGGAUUUGAAGUUGCUUUCCCUUCACUUCUUGCGAUAGCCAAAAAAUUAGACAUCGAAGUUCCGGAUGAUUCUACUUUCCUUCAAGAGAUUUAUGCCAGGAGAAAUUUAAAGCUGAAAAGGAUUUCCAAGGACAUAAUGCACAAUGUGCCCACAACCCUACUCCAUAGCUUGGAAGGAAUGCGAGGUCUGGACUGGAAACAGCUUAUAAAAUUGCAGUGCCUAGAUGGGUCAUUCUUAUUCUCUCCAUCCUCUACUGCCUUCGCACUCAGUCAAACUAAAGAUAAAAAGUGCUUGGAAUAUUUGAAUAAGGCGGUCCAAAGAUUCAAAGGGGGAGUUCCCAAUGUCUACCCGGUUGACUUAUUUGAGCAUAUCUGGGUUGUGGAUCGCCUGCAGCGUCUUGGAAUCUCAAGAUAUUUCGUCUCAGAGAUCAAUGAAUGUGUCGAUUAUAUUCAUAGAUAUUGGACUGAAAAUGGCAUCUGUUGGGCGAGAAAUUCUAAUGUCCAUGAUAUUGAUGACACGGCCAUGGGAUUCAGGAUACUUAGAUUACAUGGGCACCGGGUUUCUGCCGAUGUGUUCAAGCAUUUUGAGAAAGGCGGUGAAUUUUUCUGCUUCGCAGGGCAGUCAACAGGUGCUGUUACGGGAAUGUUCAACCUGUAUAGGGCUUCUCAGGUUCUGUUUCCGGGAGAGAAGAUACUUGAGGAUGCCAAGGAAUAUUCAUUCGAAUUCCUAAGGGAAAAACAAGCUGCUAAUGAACUUCUAGAUAAGUGGAUUAUAACGAAGGACUUGCCCGGAGAGGUGGGUUUUGCAUUGGAGAUUCCAUGGUAUGCGAGCUUGCCUCGAGUGGAGACUAGAUUCUUCAUAGAACAGUAUGGUGGCGAGGACGACGUGUGGAUUGGCAAGACCCUUUACAGAAUGUCAUAUAUAAACAACAGUGAGUAUCUCCAGCUGGCAAAAUUAGACUACAACAACUGCCAAGCAUUACAUCGCAUUGAAUGGGAAAAUUUUCAAAAGUGGUAUGAAGAAUGUAAUCUAAGAGAUUUCGGGAUAAGCAGAAGAACCCUUAUCUUCUCUUACUUUUUGGCAGCAGCCAGUAUCUUUGAGCCGGAAAGGUCCAAAGAGCGACUUGCAUGGGCUACCACUACAGUCUUGCUCGACGUUGUCGGCUCUUAUUUCCCUGAGAAUCAUGACAAUUCUAGCGAGCAGAGGAGAGCCUUCAUACAUGAAUUCAGUUACGGUAUUAGCAUAAAUGGAAGGAGGUCGGGUAGAAAGAAGACAAGGCAGGAGCUCGUUAAGCUGCUGCUUGGAACCCUAAAUCAGCUCUCUUUUGGCGCAUUAGUGGUUCACGGUCGAGACAUUAGCCACAGUUUACGCCAUGCUUGGGAAAAGUGGCUCUUGAUCUGGGAAUUGGAAGGAGAUAGACGCCAAGGGGAAGCAGAACUACUAGUGCAAACAAUAAAUCUCACCGCUGGCUAUUUGGUCUCCGAGGAGCUCUUGGCCCAUCAUCCUCAAUAUGAACAACUCGUCGACCUGACAAACAGAACAUGCUAUCAACUUGAUCAUUACAAGAAAAACAAGGUACAUUACAAUGGAAGCUACAGCACUAUUACCAGUAAUACUGACAGAAUUACAACCCCACAAAUAGAAUCAGACAUGCAAGAACUUGUGCAGUUAGUAGUCCAAAAUCCCUCAGAUGGAAUAGAUUCUAAUAUCAAGCAAACGUUCCUUCAAGUAGCCAAGAGUUUUUAUUAUUCUGCGAUCUGUGAUCCUGGGACUCUCAACUAUCACAUAGCUAAAGUGCUCUUUGAGAGAGUGCCUUGACCUUUAUGUGUAUUUAUUCUAUAGUCAUUCAUUA